GAAGAAAUAGGAAAAUAAAAUAGAAGAGGAGACCGAGGUGGGUCAGAAACACACGUUGUGUUCAGGCAAUCCAUGUGCCCACAUGGAUGAUAGGGAGAGAGAGGAGAGAAGAGGAGAAGAGAAAGAGAAGUGGAACUGUGCAACAGAGAAAGAAAGAGAGGAAGAACACAGAAACCCACCAUCCCUCUUUCUCGUUUGCUGCAACUACAACAACAGCAGUUGCUCUUGUCUUUCUUUGUUGUAGAAAUAGAUAGAGAUAGUUAUAGUUAAAGAAGAAAAAGACUGAUUUGUUGUUUUGAUUGGGAGACAUAGUAAAUACAUAGGAAGAGAAAUGAAGGAGAGCAGUGAUGGGUUUGUUAGGGCAGAUCAAAUUGAUCUGAAGAGAUUGGAUGAACAGCUAGAGAGGCAUCUCAGUAGAGCAUGGACUAUGGAGAAGAAGAAGGAGGAGGGAGAGAAGGAGCGGGUCACUAGGGAAGAGUGGGAGAUCGAUCCCAGUAAGCUUAUUAUAAAGGGUGCUAUUGCUCGUGGUACCUUCGGCACCGUUCACAGAGGGGUUUAUGAUGGCCAGGACGUCGCAGUUAAAUUACUUGACUGGGGAGAAGAGGGCCAGAGGACAGAAGCUGAAAUUGCCUCACUGAGGUCGGCAUUUACCCAGGAAGUUGCUGUUUGGCAUAAGCUUGAUCAUCCAAAUGUAACCAAGUUUAUAGGAGCUAUAAUGGGGGCAUCAGAGCUUAACAUACAAACAGAAAAUGGUCAAAUUGACAUGCCAAGUAAUGUUUGUUGUGUUGUUGUUGAAUAUCUUCCUGGGGGUGCAUUAAAGUCCUACCUUAUAAAGAACCGGAGAAAGAAGCUAGCUUUUAAAGUUGUUGUCCAAUUGGCCCUGGAUCUUGCACGAGGGUUGAGUUACCUUCAUUCAAAGAAGAUUGUUCACAGAGAUGUGAAAACAGAGAACAUGCUUCUAGAUAAGACACGGACUGUAAAAAUAGCUGACUUUGGGGUUGCUCGUGUUGAGGCUCAAAAUCCUAAUGAUAUGACGGGUGAGACAGGGACCCUUGGUUACAUGGCUCCCGAGGUCCUCAAUGGAAACCCAUAUAACAGGAAAUGUGAUGUUUACAGUUUUGGUAUCUGCUUGUGGGAAAUAUAUUGUUGUGACAUGCCCUAUCCCGAUCUUAGCUUCUCAGAAGUGACAUCUGCUGUUGUCCGCCAGAAUCUGAGGCCGGAAAUACCACGCUGUUGCCCAAGCUCUCUGGCAAAUAUUAUGAAGCGAUGCUGGGAUGCAAACCCUGACAAGCGGCCGGAGAUGGAUGAGGUGGUGUCCAUGUUAGAGGCCAUUGACACAUCAAAGGGUGGAGGCAUGAUCCCCCUUGAUCAGCCUCAAGGUUGUUUGUGCUUCCGCAAGUACCGAGGACCCUGAGAAAGAAGUUCUUCCUUUAGAGUAGAGAAAUAACUAGGAAACUUGAUGCAUAUAAAGCUCAGAAAUUCCUAUUUGCAUUCAAGGUGAGAAAAGAUGAGAAUUCAGAGAUGGAAAAAAAAAAAAAAAGCAUGGUGGUGUUAUAGGCUGAGAAGCCCGGCAACAUCUUAUCUCUCCCAUGGGAGGAUGUAAAGCUUUCUUUUGCUCUUCCUGCUUUCUAAUUGUGUGUAUUUAAAUGGCCAGUUCUAGGGUGGACUGGCUCUUCCACCUGUUCUGUAAGACUAGUCUCUGUGUUUUCAAUUAUUAUCGUGAUAUGAUCCAACUCAACUGGAUACUGUAA